AUGGGUCUCUUCGCCGUGGUUAAGGGGCUGCCCCCUUUGGCGGCUGCUCUGGCGGCUGCCGCAGCAACCUACGCCCCUAUCCCCGCCGACCUGACGACGCCCCUGCAGCAGCGCUUGGCCAUCAGCGGACCCAACACCGUGACGGUCGCGUGGAACACAUUCCAGCAGCUCGCGCAGCCGUGCGUGCAGUAUGGGACGGCGCCGGGCGCGCUCAGCCGGCAGGCGUGCUCGACGUCGUCGGUGACGUACGCGACGUCGCGCACGUGGUCCAACGUGGUGACGGUGAGCGGGCUGACGCCGGCGGCGACGUACUACUACAAGAUCGUGUCGACCAACUCGACGGUGGGCCACUUCUUCAGCCCGCGGCUGCCGGGCGACAAGACGCCCUUCCAGAUGAACGCCGUCAUCGACCUGGGCGUCUACGGGCGCGACGGCUACACCAUCAAGGCGGACAAGCGCAGGCGCGACGACAUCCCGGCCGUCGACCCGUCGCUCAACCACACCACCAUCCACCGGCUCGCGCAGACCAUCAACGACUACGAGUUCAUCGUGCACCCGGGCGACAUUGGCUACGCCGACGACUGGAUCCUCAAGGCGCACAACUGGUUCGAUGGCAAGGACGGCUACCAGGUCAUCACCGAGGACUUCUUCAACCAGCUGGCGCCCAUCGCGGGGCGCAAGCCGUACAUGGCCUCUCCCGGAAACCACGAGGCGAGUUGCCAGGAGGUGCCGCUGACGAGCGGGCUGUGCCCGAGCGGCCAGAAGAACUUUACCGACUUCAUCAACCGCUUCGGGCGGACCAUGCCGGCGGCCUUUGCGUCGACGUCGGCCGACGCGCCGGCCAAGGUGGCUGCGAACCGGGCACGCGUGCUAUCAAACCCACCGUUCUGGUACUCGUUCGAGUACGGCAUGGUGCACGUGGCCAUGAUCGACACCGAGACCGACUUCACCGACGCGCCAGACCAGCCGGGUGGCUCGGCGCACCUGGGCGCGGGGCCGUUUGGCAGCUACGCGCGGCAGCAGCUCGACUUCCUCGAGGCAGACCUCGCGUCGGUCGACCGGGCAGUGACGCCGUGGGUGGUGGUGGCGGGCCACCGGCCGUGGUACACGACGGGCGACUCCAACGCGUGCGCGCCGUGCCAGAAGGCCUUCGAGCCGCUGCUGUAUAGGUACGGCGUGGACCUGGCCAUCUUCGGCCACGUGCACAACAGCCAGCGCUUCGCGCCAGCCGUCAACGGGACCGCGGACCCGGCUGGCCUAGCCAACCCCAAGGCGCCCAUGUACAUUGUCGCGGGCGGCGCGGGCAACAUCGAGGGCCUCGAGGAUGUUGGCACCAACACGACCAUCAACCGCUUCGCCUACGCCGACAGCUUCAGCUACGCCACCGUCAGCUUCCUCGACGCGCAGCGCCUGCGCGUCGACUUUGUGCGCAGCGACAACGGCGUGCAGCUCGACAGCUCCGUGCUCUUCAAGCAGCACGCCCAGCGCUUUGUCGUGCAGUGA